AUGUUAACAAAUAAAAAAAUUAAAACAGAUAAUAGUAAUAAAAUAUUUUCAAAUACUAAUGAUAAUGAAAUUUUAAGAUCUUUAAUCGAUUAUUUAUUAAUCAGCAAAAACAAUAAAACAAAUAAUAAUAAUAAUGCAAAUCAAUAUAAAAUUAAAAAAAUUUUAAUAAAUAGAAAUGAAAUAUUCAAUUAUAUAUUAGUUUCAAAAAAGUGGUAUAAUUUUAUAUCAUUAACAAUAUCAAAUAAUAUUAUUGAUAAUAAAUCAUUUGAACAUUGGUUAGAAAUUAAUUAUACAAAAAAAUCAUAUACUAAAAAUAAUAAUAAUCAAAUUCAAUAUGAUAAAAAGAAAAUUAAUUUUAAUAAAAAGUUUUCAAUUAUAAAAAUCCAAGAAUCAAUAAUCAAUGAUUAUUUUAAAUUCAAUUUAUUUUUAGAUAAUUUUACAAUUAAUUAUUUUAAAGAAAUUAAAGAUAAAUAUGAAAAUAAUCAAUUAGAUUAUAAAAGAAUAGUUGUUAAUCUUAAAACUAAUUCUGGUGGUAAUAAAAAAAUUUUAUUAAAUAUAAAUGAAUAUGUAUCAAAUGAAAAUUCAGAAAUCAUACCAAAUCUAUUUAAAAUAUUAGAAUUAAAUUCUGAUUUUAAGUUGGACAAGUGCUAUAUUCCAAUAUCUGAAGGUACUGAAAUAUAUUUAAAUAAUUUAUCGAUUUCUGGUUAUGAGGGUAUAACAUCGAAGAUAUUCCAAAUUUUCAAAAGUAAAAAGAUAAUUUAUGAUGGGUCUUGUUGUCCAACAAAUGUCAAUUAUUCAAAGAUAUUUGAUCCAGAUAAUUCAGGCCAACAAGUUGAAUCGAUUAAAGUUAAAAAUGAAAGUGGUAAUAAACAGUUUGUUGAACCACAUCAUUUAAUUAAAGUUUACCAAUUUGAAAAUUUACAUUCAAUCACAAUACCAAUGGAUUCAUUUCAAAUAUUAUCAGGCUUUUCUGAAAAAAUGGGAUUCAAUAAAUUUGAUAUGAAUAAUAAAUAUCCAGGUAAUUCGAAAAAUAUGGAAUCAGAAUUAAAUCAAAUGAUCAAUUCAUUCAUUACAAGUGAAUCUUUAAAGAAUUUAAAAAUAUCAUCAGUAUGUUCACAAUACGUUAUUUUUAAAAUGAAUAUUGAUAAAAUAAAUCAAAUUAAAGAAUCAAUUUCAAAAUCAUUUAAACCAUUAUUUUCAGAAUUAAAUACAUCAAUUGAAAGAAUUGAAUUAGAUUGUGGUGGUAUAUUAAAUAUCAAUACAUUUUCAAAUUUAUUAAAUAAUAAAUCAAUUAAAUAUUUAUAUUUAUAUGAUAGUGAUUUUAUUGUUUAUUCAUUUAAACAAACUGGUGGUGGAAGUUAUUGUAGUAUUAAUCAAUUUCUAUUUGAAAAUAUAUUUUCAUCACCACAAACAUCAAUUAAACAUUAUGGAUUUUGCUUCAAAAAAUCAAAUGAACUCGAAUUAAUAUUUAAUUUAAUAUUAAAUAAUAUUUUUAAAUUACAACUAUAUUCAUUAAUAUUUGUAUUAAAUAAAAACGAAUUAAUUGAGAAAUUUGUUAAAGAAUAUGGAAAAUUUAUAAAAAAAAUUUCAACACUAAUACAAAAACCACAACAAGAACAACAAGAAAAACAAGAACAAGAACAACAACCACAGGAAAUACAAAAUUUAAAUUUAAAAGAAAUUAAAAUUAAAAUUAAAAUUAAAAUAAAAUUAUUUUAA